AGCUGUGGGACUGAAGCAAUUUUCACAUCAGACUGUCAUUUCUGCCAACUACCAUCUGCAUCGCUGUUUUACCCGUUGACGUUACCCCGGUUUGAUACAGUCGGUCGACCCCCGGAUUCCGCAGACACGCUGCGCUGAUGGGGGACACAGGGUCGCGGCGAUCCACGCUGGUCUCCAGGCUUCCGAUAUUCCGGCGCAGCUCCUCGAAGCGGCGCGACUCCCUGCCGUCGUCGCCGUCCUCUGCCACCAACGGGGUGCACACCUCCUCGCCGUCGAGCACCAACUCGAGUUCGAGCAGCAUGGGGAAGCGCAGGAACAUCUUCCGCACCGCCUCCAUCGGCUUCCACGGCAGGAAAGCCGCGGGCGAGCCUCGCGCUUCGACGCUGUGUAACGGUCAGAGCAACAGCCCCGGGGAGGAGGGCGCGAGGGCGAGGGGCCGCCACGCGUUCGGCCUGAGCGUCGUGCCACGCGGCAAGAAGAUCACCCGCUCGGCCACGGAGGACUUCGAGAAGGGCAAGGAGCUCAACAAGAGUGUCUUCAUGAACUGCCUCAGCUCGGGGAGGUCCAGCGUGGACGAGGGUGACGAUUCGGGCUUUCCCGAUGACCGUCCGCCCAAGCAGCGCAGCAGGAAGCUGCUCCCCCGAUCCUUCUCCACGCAUCACAAACUGUCCAAACCCGCUGCCGCGCGCAGCCCGCCCGCCGAGCAGCCCGUCCACGUGCUGCCUCAGGCCAACGAGCUCGUGCCCAGGGGCCCCGCGCUCGAGGAAUGCUCCAAGUACCUGCAGGUGGACAACGCCGAGGGCUCCCUGCAUUCGCCGCUCCUGUCCAGCGACAACACCACUAUCCUCACCCCUUCCGAGUUCGUGCCCGUCUCCGCAGACUCGGUCUCCGAGGUGGACAAGGAGCUGCUGGGCUGCCGGCCUGCCCCGAGUCUGACCGAGCUCGGACCAGCCCUCUCCGGCGCCCCCCUGGACUCUCUCGGCCCUGCCGCUGAAGCUGCUGCUCCUCACCUCCGCCCCAGCGAGGAUGUCCUUCCCCUCCGGGAGACUGCGCUGCUGUCUGAUGUGGAGCCCCGUACCCCUCACGCUGCUGAGGUUUGCCCACCCGGUAUCGAUUGCCUGGAGAUGAAGGGGAGCUGUGAAAGUGACGGCCGGCCGACUCAGCUACCCGGAGCUGUCACUCCGAGCGUCCCUUCUGUCAAGCACCAGCUGUCCUUCACACAAAACGGCCUGGAGGCGACAAAGCUCUCCACUGAGAAGGCGUAUAAGUUAUCCAUCACAAACUCCAUCCCCAUGAUUAAACCUCAAGACCAGUGUCAAGGAACAUCUCAUUCCACAGUGACUGUGAACAGGACGUUCAGUCCACGCCAUGAGGAGAAGUGGGUGGAGAGGCGCCUGAGGUCAUCCUCUGAGGGCACGUCUGGACGGCGAUUGAGUCAUGGAGUCAGAGAUGGGCGAGUUGAAGAAUUGCACAGCCUAAAGGGACAAAGAGCAGGCUCUUCAUCAUCCAAGAUGAACAGCAUGGAUGUCCUGAAUAGAUUAGGAUCCUGUGACCUAGAUGAGGAUGACCUAAUGCUGGACUUGGAGUUUCUGGAGGAUCAACACCAUCAGUGUGACAGGGAUACCAGCAAACAUUUUGUGUGCCGGGAAGACUCUAAUCAAUCCAUUAAAUCGUGUGUGGAGAUUCUACACGUACCCACUGAACUCAAGAUGAAGAUUGAAAGACCAAAGGUCCCAGAGACUCCAAAAGAACUGCCAUUUGUCCAGUCUUCAAAAGAAGGUGAGCUUUGUGAAUCUAGACCUCUUCGGUACAACCACUGGCUGAGUGCUGCAUCUUCAGACUGGUCCCUUCUGAGGGAGGAUGAGCCUGGUGGGGGUCUGGAAGCCAUGUCGUUGAGGUUGAUGAUGCAGGACUGCACCGCAGUAAAGACGAUGCUUCUCAAGUUGAAGAGGAUUCUCCAGGAGAGUGUGGAGAUGAGUCCUGCCAGCAGCACGCAUUCGCUUCCAGUCAGUCCCAUCACUGAGAUGCCCAUUCCUUUUAAGGAUCUAAAAGAUGAAAGUUCGCUUCUUCGGCUUCAAUUGAAGGAGAAAGACGAACUGAUCUCCCAACUUCGGGACGAACUUGAUCGCAAUCGAAGGGCACAUUCCUCACGAGCAGACAAGUCCACACAGACAGAGAUUCUCAGUCAUGAUCCUACAUGUCUAAACAGAACUGUGAGCCAAACGCUCAGCACAAGGGACAGAAGAUUAGUACCUAUUCCCACCGAGGACCCGUGUAAAUAUUCAUCGCCCAGCCAAGCAGCUGCUCAUGAUGGUAAAACCUGUCAAGUUUCAAAUGUAUAUGUUGGGCGCUAUCAGAAGGCACAAGAAGUUGGACGAGGAGCCCAGUGUAAAAAUGGCGUGGUUGAGGCCUCUUCCGUGGAACUGGCAGAAAACAUUCAGAGUAAUGGAGCUUGCAGUGGUUCCACACAGAGUAAAAUCAAGACCACGGUCAAUGCGGGAGAAGUCUUGGAACUGAUGAAUGGCCGGAAGGAUCAAGUUACUGUGCCCAGGCAGCAAUCUGUAUUUGUAGGCCGGCUUGGACAGCCCCCUCGUGGACCACUGUCCUUGCACAUGUAUAGCCGAAAGAAUGUUUUCCUCCAACACAGUUUGUACACCUCUGACUUGCAGGCUUUGGGGCAGAAAGAUGGCUAA